UUGUUAGGUCAGAAGCCAAAGACGAAUAUGAAGGAGAAGCGGCGAUAAUCUGUUUGAGCAAGUAGGCACGGGUCUGAAGAGACAUGAGGCUGUAUCGGAGAUGGCAACGACUCCAGUUCCCUGGGUUACAGGCCUGCGUGCUCCACACGGCAGCUGUGCCAACCCCUCCGCACUGGUUGGCAGAGCGGCUUGUCCUUUUUGAGGAGCUAUGGGCUGCUCAGGUUAAGAGGGUUGCAAGCAUGGCACAGAAGGAACCCCGGACUAUUAAGAUAUCACUUCCUGGAGGCCAGAAAGUGGAUGCUGUGGCAUGGAACACAACCCCUUACCAACUAGCCCAGAAGAUCAGUUCAGUGCUGGCAGGUACUGCAGUAGCUGCUCAAGUGAAUGGAGAACCUUAUGAUCUGGAGCGGCCCUUGGAGACAGAUUGUGAUCUUAGAUUUCUUACAUUCGAUUCCCCAGAGGGAAAAGCAGUGUUCUGGCAUUCUAGCACCCAUGUCCUGGGAGCAGCAGCUGAACAAUUCCUAGGUGCUAUUCUCUGCCGAGGUCCAAGUACAGAAUGUGGCUUUUACCAUGAUUUCUUCCUGGGAAAGGAUCGGACAAUCCGGGGCUCAGAGAUACCUGUUUUAGAACGGAUUUGCCAGGAAUUUGCAGCCACUGCUCAACCCUUCCGGAGGCUAGAGGCUUCCCAGGAUCAGCUUCGCCAGCUCUUCAAGGAUAACCCCUUUAAGCUUCACCUGAUUGAGGAGAAAGUGACAGGUCCAACAGCAACAGUAUAUGGGAGGUGGUGCGUUCAAACCCAGCCUUCAGUCCUUGUCUUCCCUUUGAUUGCCUGUGUCCUCCCACAGAACUCAUCAUCUUUAUGGAGAUCUUCAGGGGCCCCUGAGACACUGCAGAGAGUGUCAGGGAUUUCCUUCCCCACAGCAGAGUCGCUGAGAGCCUGGGAAGAAUGGAGAGAAAAGGCAGAGCUGCAGGACCACCGGCGCAUUGGGAAGGAGCAGGAGCUGUUCUUCUUCCAUGAACUGAGCCCCGGGAGUUGCUUCUUCCUGCCACGAGGAACACGAGUGUAUAAUGCACUGGUAGCAUUUAUCAGGGAGGAGUAUGCUCAUCGUGGUUUCUCAGAGGUGAAAACUCCCACGCUGUUUUCUACAAAACUCUGGGAACAGUCAGGGCACUGGGAGCAUUAUCGGAAAGACAUGUUUGCCCUGCAGCCCCCAGGCUCUGACAGGCCCACCAGCUCCCAGAGUGACUGCCCUACCAAGCAUCCCAAAGACACACUUGCCCUCAAGCCCAUGAACUGCCCUGCACACUGGUGUAAUAUACUCUUCCUUGUCUCAAUCCCCUUACAGGUCCUUCAGCGGGCUCUGGAGGAAUUUGGAGAACCCUGGGAUUUCAACUCUGGACAUGGUGCUUUCUAUGGGCCUAAGAUUGAUGUGCACCUCCGCGAUGCCCUGGGUCGGCCCCAUCAGUGUGGGACAAUCCAACUUGACUUCCAACUGCCCUUGAGAUUUGGCCUCCAGUUCAAGGGGCAGGCAGGGGCCCUGGAGCGUCCAGUCCUCAUUCACCGAGCAAUACUUGGUUCUGUGGAAAGGCUGUUGGGAGUGUUGGCAGAAAGCUGUGGAGGGAAAUGGCCACUGUGGCUGUCCCCGUUCCAGGUUGUGGUCAUCCCUGUGGGGACUGAGCAAGAAGAAUAUGCCAGAGAGGCACAACAGAGCUUACAGUCUGCUGGACUGGUCAGUGACCUGGAUGCUGACUCUGGGCUGACCCUCAGCAGGAGAGUCCGCCGGGCUCAGCUUGCCCACUACAAUUUUCAGUUUGUGGUUGGCCAAAAAGAGCAAAGUAAGAGAACUGUGAAUAUUCGGACCCGAGACAACCGUCGCCAUGGAGAGUGGGGCUUGACUGCGGCUGUGCAGCGCCUGGUAGAACUUCAGAACAGCAGGGCCCCAAAUGCUGAAGAAGUUUUCUGAGUGUUUGUACGUAGAUGAGACAAAGACCAGCCUGCAAGAGCCAGUAGCUUCCAGUGACAUGGGAGGCCCCAACAUAACUGGCGGUCUGGAGUCCCUGAGGACCCUCAGAACUCAGUGGAGGCGUGUGUCUGCUCGCCUAGGGGACCCCACAGAGGGAAGGAGGCUCUGGCUAUUUGGAUGUAAGGAGAGUGAAACUAAAAAAAAUAAACUUAAAGCUCUUGGGUAUGUGU